AUGGUGACAAGUCCUCAUCCAUUUUCUACGUCUACUUUCCUUGUUGGAUUGGGGGUUUGAAGGGGGGGAGUGGUGUUGUGGGGUGUUGGGUUGAGUACCUUGCUGAGCAUAACAACAAGAAAGCUAUCCUCUUUGAUGCUGUUCUCUUCCAAGGUACUUUCAUCUUUCAAGACUCUUCCAUUAUAGAUUAGUAAUUGUUGACCCCACGGGUAGCUGUCCUUCCCUUGCACCUCUUCAAUAUUCUUCUUCACAGCCAUGACCUAAAGAGAGCAGGUUAAGUCAUCAAGGUUAUUAGUGAAAACGAACCAAAGAAAUAAGAUAACGAAUAUGUAUGAUGAGCAAUCACAAAAUAUCAUGAAAAAAAUUAUGACUCGUAACUGAAAAUUUUAAAUCGAACUACCUGGAUAAAGUGAAUUUUUUCAAUAAAUCAAUACAAAACUGGGCUAAAGUUCUCACUAACCUGAGAGAAGGCCACAAUUUCAGAAGACCGAACUAAUUAGAAAACGGCCUUCUACUGUCUUUAGAAAACGAAUAUUUCUCAAAAAAAUUCUACUUCCAACCACUAUUGACACGUCAGCCACAAUUGUUUUUGACAUGUUAUAAAACACAUUCAACAGUCUGGAUGCAGCAGUGCAUGUUUGAGAGAGCCACACUUUAA